AUGGAGCAGGAAAUAAAAAAAGAUAACAAAUUAGAAUUUGAAAGACCGAAAUUAUAUCAAUAUAGAUGGAUAAUUCUGACUCUUUACACCCUAUCGGUUUUUGUAAAUAAUAUUCCGGGAGAGAUUUAUGUUUCCGUUUCUAAUGAGCUAAUAGAAAUUUACAAUACAUCAGAGACUAUGGUGACUAUGGCAUCAACAAGUUAUACUUUUAAAUAAUUUAACAUCAAGAAACUGUAUGAUUAUGCAUCCAAUUUUAUCAAUUCCUUGUUCUUAAUGUUAAAUAUAUAUUUUCUAUAGAUUAGUCAUUGUAAAUUAUGGAUGGGCAACAUCUACAAAAGUUGGAGUAAUUUUAACAAUUCUUGGAAGUUUAGUUAAAUUGUUCGUUAAUUACACAGGGUAUUAUCUUGAUGUUAUAGUAUCAUAGUUUUUAUAUGAUUGUGAUUGGUUAAAUUUUAAUCGGAGCUGGAAAACCUUUUAUUCUAAAUUGUUAAGCUACAAUGGCACAAAAUUGGUUUUAUCCAGAAUCUAGAGCUAUUAUUAUAACAGUGAUGAACGUUUUAAACCUUAUUAGUAGUGUAUUAACAUUUAUGAUACCAGGUAAGUUUAUAUUUACAGGUUAUGAAUAUGAUGAAUCAGUUGAAUCAAUAGAAUAAGGAAAAUACCUUUUAAAUAAACUUAACAUGAUAUUAUUUUACUUUGCGAUUGUGCUCUUAUUAUGUCUUUUUACUUUAAAGAGUAAUCCUCCAACGCCUCCUUCAGAAUUAGUAAAAUAAGAAGAAAAAUCUAAGAAUAUCAAAAAAACGCUAUUCAAAAUUUUUUCAAAUAGAUAAUUUCUAUUUUGUUUUUAGGCCUACGCUCUUUUUAUGGGAUUGACGAAAUCAUUAAUGAUUGUCUUAGCAUAUCUUUUCAAAGCUUGUGGUUAAGGCAAGGAACAAGUAUCUAUAGCAGGAUCAUUAGUUAAUAUAAGUGCUGUAGCAUCAUUAGCAGUGAUAGCAGGAGUACUAAAGAAAUAUUCAAAUAAUAGAAAACCAAUAACAAUAAUAUUGAUGAUACUCUCAAUUUCAUCUUUGGUUUUAUUUUAUUUUUGUCUUAUAAGUGAGAAUAGAAUUGCAAUAUAUAUCUCAAUAGGUAUAGUUGGAUUAUUUAUAAUGCCAAAUGUUCCAUUAUUAAUGGACAUGAGUUGUGAUUCUAUAUUUCCUAUAAAUGCAAGUUUUGCAGUUGGAAUUAUGUAUAUAGGAUCAAGAAUAUUUUUAGUACUUUUUUCAUAGUUUUUGGCUAUCGUAGUAGGUGGAUCUGAUAGUAAUAAAGGUAGAGUCACACUAACAUUUUCUAUUGAAGUGAUUAUUUUGUUAUGUUCAGUUACAAUUUUUAGCUUUACAAAUAUUAAACGUAAAACAACAUUGAUUGAAGAUGACUUAUAAAAUGAUGAAUUAAAUUAAAAGAUUUCUUUUUGCGAUAAUGCUAAUUUGACUCCUAUUCUAGAAUCAUAGUAAUAAAUUUCUUAAUUGAAUGUAUAAAAAGGAUCUAUAUUAGAAUUAAAUAAAAAAUCUUGA